AUGGGGAGCAGAAUUAAGGAAGACGAACGAAUCGAAAAGGCUAUCCGGAGCCUAUUGAAGCUUCCCGAGAACCGGAGGUGCAUCAAUUGCAAUAGUCUGGGUCCACAAUAUGUCUGCUCAACUUUUUGGACUUUUGUCUGCAUAAAUUGCAGUGGAAUCCAUCGAGAAUUUACACAUCGUGUGAAAUCUGUAUCGAUGGCCAAGUUCACAGUAGAAGAAGUUGGUGCACUUCGUGCAGGAGGAAACGAGCGAGCCAGACAAGUUUAUUUUAAAGAAUGGGAUACUCACCGUGAUGGUUACCCCGAUAGCAGUAAUAUUUUCAAGCUCCGAGAUUUCAUCAAGAAUGUCUAUGUGGACAAACGGUACAGUAGUGAGAGCAAUGACUCAGGGCAGAGAUCGGCUGUCAUAGAAGAUUACAGGGGAAGUAAGAUGGCCAGUGCAAAUUCUCUUGGAUCUAGAAGUCUACAAUCUCUGGAUAAAUAUGAAACUGAAAGAUCUAGUGCUGUUGGGAGGAGUGGAAGUGAAUCUCUCAAGUUUUAUUUUGAUGACAAGAACCAUAAUCAACAACAUGUUACACAUAAUCCAAGGUCCAGAGGUUUACCAAAGAGUCCUAUCCGUUUUGAGAUUGUUGAUGAUAGGUUUAGAGAUGAUGGAAGUGUUAAGAGAUAUGAUGCACGUAAGGACUCCAGAGGAAGCUCCAAAUCUCUUGACCUCUUCAAUAACAAAGACAUGCCAAGGUUUCCCAUUGUACGCCAUACCAGCGAACUCUUAGGCGACAAUGCUCCUCAGCUGCGGGUAGGCAAUUUUGCAAAAGUUGAAAGAAAGAAGGAUCCAGGGAAUAAUAAGAUGCCAGGAUCAUCUGAGAAAUUGAAGAGUCCUAGAAAUUUAAUCGAUGAUGUACCAGUUGCAGAACCAUCUGCUGAUGAAAGCAUUAGUAAGCGUUCAAGUGAGAUUCCAGCAUCCACUGAAAAGCCAGCUCCUAAUUCUUUGGAGGCUUUGUUGUUUGGACUCUCUAUUCCUUCUGUUGUCCCUGGAACAAACAACUGUGAACAAUGGAGUAGUAGUGAUAUUUCCUCUACUGUUUCUGUAGACAAUUAUCCUGCAGGGAACCUUGAGACACAGACAACGCCAAGAACACCAGACAGUGACACCUCUUUUGUCGCAUCACCUACAAUUGCGCAUGCUCAUGCUGGUUCUUCGGCUCCAGUGUUACCUGUUGCUGCUGAUAACUUAAUUACACAAGAGACGGUUACACCAUGUGUAGCUACAAAUAACCAGGAACAACCAGAUACCUCUACGGAACAAUCGACAGUACUGGCUAUCAGAAAUUAUGCUCAUGAAGUUGGAUCUGAGCAACAUCAUCAAAAUAAGACACACUCUAGCGUAAGAAAAGCGCUUCCUGAGGACCUUUUCACUGGAGGCUUCUCAUUUGCCCCCCAGCAGCAAGUUCAUGGUCAACAUCAUGGCAUGGGAUAUGGCAUGCAAUAUUAUCAAUAUCCUAUGGCUGUGGGCGCCUUAACAUAUACAGCAAAACCAGCAAAUCCCUUUGAUCUUAGCUAUGAUGAUGAUACAGCUCCAAACCAAACACCACAAUUUCCUUCUAUGGCAUAUGUGCAAGGAGGAGGCUUACCUCACGUGUCAGCUCCAAUACGGUAUUCAGAUACUUCAAGUCCAGCUGCAGAUUCCGUUGGACUGAUGACCUCGCAGUCACCUUUUCAUACAACCGCUAUAUCCCCAAACUCUCCAGCUCUUGCAUCCAAUUAUUCCCCUGGUGCACUAAUGGGGCAGCAGUCACAUUUGAACAUGUCCCCAUCUUUCAGGCAAGAGAUUAAUGGCCUCGGUACUGAAGGAAACGCGUUCAACCCGGCACAUACAUUUUAUCAGACAAACAAUGGAUAUCCUUGCGUAAACCCAAAUGCUUAUAUUUCCAAAGGAAAUCCCUUUGAAUGAGAUAUAUAACCUAUACAAAUUUGACUACUAAGCAUGAUGAAACAGAGGUUUCUAUCAUCUAGCUAUUGCUUAUUGUUCGAAUGUGUACAUUGAUGUGGAAAGAUAUUUACUUGUAACCAAAAAGAUUAUAAAUCUAUGUAAUUUAU